AUGGGGAACACGGAGAAGCUGAUGAACCAGAUAAUGGAGCUGAAAUUCAUGGCGAAGACGCUGCAGCGGCAGGCGAGGAAGUGCGAGAAGGAAGAGAAGGCGGACAAGCUGAAGGUGAAGAAGGCGAUCGAGAAAGGGAACAUGGACGGAGCUAGGAUCUACGCCGAGAACGCGAUCAGGAAGAGGACCGAGCAGAUGAACUAUCUCAGGCUGUCUUCCAGGCUUGAUGCCGUCGUUGCUCGCCUCGAUACUCAGGCCAAGAUGACCACUAUCAACAAGUCCAUGGCCAACAUCGUCAAAUCUCUCGACUCCUCUCUCGCUUCGAGUAAUUUGCAGAAGAUGUCUGAAACAAUGGACCAGUUCGAGAAGCAGUUUGUGAACAUGGAGGUCCAAGCAGAGUUCAUGGAGAAUGCAAUGGCGGGUUCUACUUCACUGUCCACGCCCGAGGGUGAGGUCAACAGCCUGAUGCAGCAGGUGGCGGAUGAUUAUGGACUGGAGGUGUCAGUUGGGCUUCCUCAGCCUGCAGCACAUGCUGUGCCAACCAAGGUCCGGGAGAAGGUCGACGAGGAUGACUUGUCCAGGCGUCUUGCAGAGCUCAAGGCAAAGGGCUAA